AUGGGCAAGAACAAUCAAAUUGUCCACGAACCUUAUUUUUUGGGGGUUUUGCCUAGAGUCAAUGCUGAAGUGGGUUUUUUAAAUUUUUAAAAAUUUAAAAAUUUUUUUAAAAUUUUGAAAUUUUUAAAUUUCAAUUUUUUAAUUUCAGAACUGCCUACUAAAAAAGGGUGAUUUCGCCGUGCGUUUUGAUGUGCGGAAGAAGUCGUUUGUGUCGAUGAUUAAAGGCUUGAGCUCAGUCCAUCACGAACGACUGUCAGAAGAAGGCGGUCGAUGGCAUUCAGUUCGGAAGCCAAAACGAAAGUUCAAUACCAUAAAUGAGUUCGUUGAGCAUCACAAGAAGAACGCCUUUCUGUUUGAUGGAGAGGAAGUGACCAUCAUGAAUGUCAACACUCGACCCUUCUGGAUGUUAACCAAGAGCGAAAUGCACUUGGAGAAGACUAAAUUGGGUAUGGUUUUUGAAAUUAUUGAUGAUGGGGCGGGGUAUCCUAAAAUUGUGUUAUUCGUGUAGGGUAUUGUGAGUUUUAUUAACUGGGCGGAUUAUUUUAAAUAUUGUUUCUAUUGGGCAGGGUAUUUUAAAAUUUUGAUUAUUGGGCAGGGUAUUUUUAAAUUUACACUGCUGGUCGGGAUGUUGUGCGGUAAAAAGGUAGGGUAAGAAUAGGGCGUGGAAGGGGUGAGGGUAAGUAUAGAAUUAGAGGCAGGGGUACGGGUUUACAUAGGGUUAGGAGUUGAGCAGGAUAUUUUGAGUUCUGUUGGGUGGGCAGGAUAUUUUAAGCUUUGUUUUCACUGCGCAGGGUAAAAUAAUUUGAUGAUUAGACGGGUAUCUUAAAAUUGAUGGUAGCUGGGCAUGGUAUUUUAAAUUUUGUUAACUGAGCAGGGUAUUGUAGUUGUUAUUGAGAAUUGGGGAUAAAUAAAAAAUUUUUUUAGGCAGUGGAGAGUUCAGCACAGUACAAGCCGGAACAUACAAAAAGCAACUCAAAAUGGCAGUCAAAAUAUGCAAGGAUAAAGGCGAAGGCAAGGAAUUUAUUAUUAUCAUUUUUAACUUUUUUCAGCAUCAUUUUGGUUUUUUUUUAUUUCUAUAAAAAUUAAAGCAAGAUUUCAGAAGACGAAGCGGAGGAACAGAACGCUGAAAUGGUCACAGAGGCUACCGUGAUGAAGGACUUUAAACAUUCGCAUGUCAUUAGUGUAUGGUUCUUAUUUCAAAUUGUAGAGUACGGUAGGGCAAUAUAGGGUAGGGUACGGUAGGAUAGUGUAGAUUAGAGUAGGGUAGGGUAUGAUAAGGUGGAGUGGGGGUAAUAAAAAAGAAUCGUUACUCAGUGCACUAUCGUUCCCUACAGUGCAUAACCAUUACCCUAAUUUUUAUUCAUUUUUAGAUUUCAACACAAAAAAAGAAUAAAAUGCCAUCGAAAUGAAACUUUUCACAGGGGGGGGGGAAUGAGUAUGCCUUUACGAGUGGGGAACGAUCCUUUGGUUUUUAGAGAACGAUUUUGCAUGAGCGCCUUGAUUUUUUGUUAUUAUGAAAAAGUUUUUAAAAUUUAUCUUUAGUUUUAUGGUAUUUGCUGUGACGAGUCCCCAAUCAUGAUAGCUAUGGAGUUCUGUCCGGGAGGAUCUUUGUCAUCUCACUUGAAGAAACAACUAGAUGCUAUUACAGUAGGAGAACGAGUACGGUAUUGCUUUGAGACGGCUCUUGGGAUGGAGUUUUUGCACACAAAGUAAGUACCUAACCCUUGCCAUAGCUUUGCGUAGCCCUAGCGUUGUCUAGCUUUUGUCCUAGCUCUAGUCCUAACCCUAGCUUUGGUCCUAUCUCUAACUCUAGCUUUAACCUUAGUGCCAGUCUUAGUUCUAGCCUAAAUCUAUUUCAGAGAACUGAUUCACCGUGACUUGGCGGCGCGAAACGUUCUGAUCAGCAGUGAGGGUAUGUUGAAGAUUAGUGACUUUGGCAUGAGUAAGAUUGUGAACGUGCUAGCCGGCGAACGGGUGCGAAAUCUGAAGAAACCGCUACGAUGGACUGCUCCAGAAGCCGUGAGCGACGAGGCACCGUGCUACACGUGGGCUAGUGAUGUUUGGUAAGGCUUUUGGCACUUUUUUAGGGUACAUAUUAACUUUUGGGGGAAGAUUUUUAUUUUGGGGGUAGAUUUUUAUUUUGCGGGUAGAUUUUCAUUUUGGGGGUAGAUUUUAGUUUUGGGGGUAGAUCUGUAUUUUGGGGGUAGAUUUUAGUUUUGGGGGUAGAUCUGUAUUUUGGGGGUAGAGUUUUUGUUUGGGGGCAGAUUUUUACUUUAAGAAUAUGUACUUAAUUUUUUAAAUUUAAAAACUAAAAUUUCAGGGCAUGGGGAGUGAUGUUAUACGAGAUUUUUGGCAACGGCGCCCAACCCUUUGCCGAAAUCGACAAUGACAAAGUGAGGGCAAUGAUUCUCAGCUGUAAAAUGUUACCCAUGCCCGACAAAACUCCCGAAGAGAUUCGACUUCUGACGAAAAAUGGCAUCUUCCUCAAGGAUACUCAAGUUCGGAUGUCAUUCACUAAGAUUGUCCUGAUGUUGCGAGUAUGGGAGCUCAAGUACAAACCGCCAGAGUUUGGGCUGGUAAGGAGGAGUGUUGGGUGGGGUAGUUUAGAAAUAGAGAGGUUUGGGCUGGUAAAGAGAGAGGUUGGGCGGGGUAGUUUAGCAGUGUGAUUUUUGGGCGGGAUCGGAUUUUUGGGCGUUAAAUUUUGAAAAAGUGGAUUAGGUCUAGUACUUGGGCUAUUAUUUGUACUAGGGCUAGUGUUAGUAGUAGUCCUAGUGUUAGUACUAGAAGUACUACUAGGGCUAGGGUUUUAGGUUCUAGUAUUAGGUCUAGGGUUAGUACCAGGGCCAGUACCAGGUCUAGAGCUCGUACUGGGGCUAGGAUUUGUACCGGGACUAGUACCAAGUCUAGAGUUUGUACUAGGUCUAGGAUUAGUACCAGGGCUAGUACUAGGAAUAGGGCGCGUUUUAGGGGUAGGACUAGGACCAGGGCUAGUACCAGGUCUAGGGCUUCUACUAGGGCUAGGGUUAGUACUAGGACUGGGGCUCUGGGAUGUAUACUUAAAUAAACCUCUUUUUAGGCUACAGUAUUCCAAAUCCCGGGUGUACAGGCCGUCGCUCCCAAAGACCUGGAAGACAAGAUGGAUCAGAUAGGUUGCCUGAUUGGAGACAAGGGCGUGUCUUUAUCUACAGCUCGUGGCGGUUCCAAAUCCCCAGUCUUUCAUUCAGCAAAGUCCAAUCCUCUAGAAGCCCAAAAAGCCCACGGCAGCGGUCGAAAAGUUCCUUCCAAAAAGCACAGUGCAGAAUCGCCUAAAAGUUCGAAGAAAAAACAUAAAAAGAAGUCCAAGUCACCCACCAAAAAACCCAAGCCUAAGGCAAGCAAAGCCAAAAAGAAGUCACAUUCAUCGACCGAAUCCGACGACGAAGCCAAAUCGAAGCUGAGGUGA